AUGGUACGUGCAGCUCUGUCACCACUGACAGUACGUGCAGCUUCUCUGUCCCCACGGAUGGAGAACAAGGACUGCUUCCAUGGGGAGUACUGCCGGGAGCAGCAGGCGUGCACGUGUCAGCGGGACUUUGUACGUGAGCCAGGCGGGGCGUGCUUGGCCCUGAGGCGUGUUGGCGAGCCGUGCAGAGUCGACCAGCAGUGUUCCAGGCUCGACCCCCGUCUGCUCUGUCACCACGGACGGUGUAACUGUCCACAAGGCGCCAAGCGGAGUGAUGGCGCCUGCCUCCACCAACCCGACGCCUCGCCGCCGCCCACCAGAGGACCCGCCAGGAUGAGCCCUCCAGCCUACAGUGUCGCCGCCCCUGUGCUCAUCUGCCUGCUCAUCUUCGUCUCCUUCCUCAUCCUCAUCUACACCACGGCUUACCACUUCCGUCUGCAACGUCGUCGCCUGGCGGCUCGAGACAACGCAGACGGGGAGAAUGCCGCCCUACCCCCGAGCCACGCCCCAGUCGUCAAUACCACGAGUGACGCCCCUCCUCCCUACAGUUCCCUCACACCGCCGUCCUAUGAGCAAGCCACGCAGCUGGCACCAUCCACGUCUUUUAGAACUGCACCGCCGCCAUUAAUACCCAUAACCCGGACCCAGAGCGACACCGCCAUCAUGGAGAGAGCGCCUCUCACCUCCCCAGAUGGGUCAUCAGCGGUCAGCUACGGGUCAGGUCUCACCUUGACCUCCCCGAUCUCCCGCUCUGCCAGUGACCUUCCCGCACGACAGUGAUAUCAGACACCUCAAACAGCAGACCAAACUCUUUGGACGUGUUGAUCAGAUGAAGCGUGUCCCUGCUGUAUAUACCCACCUCAUAACACCGGCUUCACAUAGUUAACUGAGUGUGAACCCAUACUAUCAGUAUCGUUAUAGAUGGUAAC